UAAAACAAAAAACCCUCCGAUCAAUUCCUUUCCUGGCGGCGACCAGGCUACACGCUUCAAACCCUAGAACCUAUUCACCACGAUGAGGUCCCUGAGAGCGGCGCAAACCCUCGCCUCCCGCUCGCUCCUCCUCUCCGUGCGCGCUCUCCAAGGCGGGGCCUCCCCCGCUGCGGGCGUGCGGUUGUGCGCCCCGGUGCCGCCGCCUCGUUCGCCGUCUCCAUCCUUGAGGGCGGUGCCGGCCGGGGUCGCCGGCGCGGUAUCCUUCUCCCUUACUUUCGCUACUGUUGCGGCGGUGGAGGCCAAGGCGAAGGAGCGGCCGCCGCCGGAUCUGUUGUCGCAGACCGUGGUGCUGUACCAGUACCAGGCGUGCCCCUUCUGCAACAAGGUCAGAGCCUUUUUAGACUAUCAUGAUAUACCAUACAAAGUUGUGGAAGUUAAUCCAUUGAGCAAAAAGGAAAUCAAGUGGUCUGAUUACAAGAAGGUCCCAAUUUUGACAGUAGAUGGUGAACAGCUUGUUGAUUCAUCAGAUAUAAUCAAUAUAUUGAAGCGCAGGAUCAAUCCUGAUGAUGAACUCACUAAUGAAGAGGAAGCAAAAUGGCGAAGGUGGGUUGAUGAACACCUUGUGCAUAUCUUGUCUCCUAACAUAUAUCGGACAACUUCAGAAGCUCUAGAAUCCUUUGACUACAUUGCAAAACAUGGUAAUUUCAGUUUUACAGAGAGGUUUGCUGUGAAGUAUGCUGGUGCUGCGGCCAUGUACAUGGUAUCUAAGAAGCUAAAGAAGAAAUACAAUAUAACUGAUGAGCGUUCUUCUUUGUAUGAUGCUGCCAACACAUGGAUAGAAGCCCUGAAUGGAAGAGAUUUUCUUGGUGGCUCCAAGCCUAACUUGGCAGAUCUUGCAGUCUUCGGUGUUCUGAGACCUAUCCGGUACUUGAGAGCAGGAAAAGAUAUGGUCGAGAAUACUCAAAUUGGUGAGUGGUACCAACGCAUGGAAGAUGCAGUUGGAAAACCAUCAAGAACCCAGGAGUAGAAGGGAACUAGAAUUUUGACAACCAUUUUGAACGAAUGGAGUGGAAUACAUGUCCUUUUUAGACGCCAAAGAUAUUAAAAAAAUUACCAAAAUUUAGUGUGUGCAAUAAUGCUCUUCUGACAUAUCAAGCAUGAACAGAGGAACCGUGUGUUCUUACCUGAAAACAUGGUUGUGUAAGCUUUCGUUCUCCUAGUUCGCUAUCUUUCGAUGUGCUCCGACUUUGAAGGUUAAAUGCCACAGCAAAUCUUGUCUAUGCUGUGCAUUGAUGGUCA